CCCGUCUGUUCCAGGGGAAAGGUAGUUGCCCUCUGCCAAACGCAUCGUGCAAAAAAAUGCAAUGAAGAACAAUGCCUCCACUUCUGGAGAGUUUCUCAGUUAUGCAGUGACACGGAAAACAUCUCUUGCACGAGGUCUGCUGUUGCUCGAAGCACCAAAGUGCAGGUCAUGCAGUUUUCACCUUGGUUUCCUUCUUCAGUACAACAGGUACUAACUUUAGUGCAAUAAUUCCGAGCUUUUUAAAUCUGAUUUUCUGAAAAUGCCUCAUCCAGUUCGUCAUUUGUGAUUUGACGCUUGUACUAUGCUACCACCUCCACCUUAAAACUUGUUAGUUUGAAUGCAACUUAAUUUACGAAAGGUGAUGACGUCCAGGAGGUAGAAUUAACGAUGUUCUUCCAAAUGGUUCUUCCUAACGGUUCAGUUUUAUUCACAAAUAUAUUAUAAAUAUUUACAUCAUAAAUAAGUAUAAUGAUGGAACUGGAGUAAAUAUUGAACAUUUAAUGCUACUCAGAGUCUCAUACCUCUUUGGAAGCAAUGAUCAUGCAACUGCCAAAAGUAACGGGUACAAUCAAAGAUAUACUGGAAAACAGAACAAUAAAUACUGGACGUGGCGCGUCAUGCCGCUAAUUCAGUGAUGCCUAUAAAGGUCAUGUCAAAUUUGCGACAAAAUCUAAUAAUCAAAUUAGGACAGUGUUAAGUAGACAUUUCUUUGAGUGUCUGCAACCUGAAAUGCAAUUUGAAGUAAUCUCAGGUUGCAGACACUCAAAGAAAUUUCUACUAAACACUGCCCUAAUUUCAUUAUUAGACUUUGUCGCACCAUACGCCACGCGCCACGCCUGGUAUUUACUUUUCUGUUUUUUCUAUAUCUUUGAUUAUAACUGUUACUUUUGGCAGUCAGUGCCUGAUGAUUGCUUCGCAAGAGGCAUGAAAAUCUCAGUAGCAAUAAAUGCUCAAGAUUUAAUCCAGUUCCAUCAGUCUACUUGAAUGUAUUCUGCUCUAGUUCAACUAUUGAACACUUUUAUAGUCGAUAAGAACAUCUCUCUGGUACUUCAUUACAUUAUAUAUAGUGAGGUAGGAAUAGAAUAACAAAUAAUAAGAGAAGAAAAAAAUUGAUGGCUUUGAUUAAAUGGAAGUGUACGGUGGUCAGAUGAUCUUAGCUUUCGAGCUAAUCACCGCUAUAACGGGAGCCUAUAAUAUCGUUAUGGAGUCCUGAAAGUAAUAACUAAAGCUAAAAUUGCAAAAUCAAUAGACGUGCUUGUCAAAAGAGGAUUUCGUGGAACACAAAAGACGAUGUCAUGAACAGAACUUUUUUUACAUGAAAAUAUUGCCAGGUUAUAUUAAAAAGAAAAAAAAACAUAUGCGCAAAUGUUUAGCUAAUGUUCAGUUAUUUUUGAGUGAUACGGAACCACAAUUAUAUUGCCGUGAUACAGUGAAACCUAGAUAUAACUAACCCCUAUACAGAAAAGUCAUCGGUAUAACGAACGAUUUUCUUUACCUCAGUAAAGAAUUAUGAAAAAGAACCACGAUCUAACGAAACCUCGUCAUAACGAACUCAUUUUGCCAAUCCCUUGGCCCUUCGUUAUAUCGAGGUUCCAUCGUAUAAUUUUGCAAACUGUCAUAGUGAAAAUACAGACGUUGGAAUAUAAGUUUUACAGGAAGACUAUUAUACAGAUAGAGAAGAGCGGAAAAACCAAAUUUUAAUUUGACAACAGACAACUUUUCAGUGAAGUUUGGCUAUAAUAUUAAUAUCAUGGGUGACAAAUUACUUCUUCAUUUUUGGCGCGAAAUUUGAUGAUAGUGUUUAUUUAUACAUUGUGAGCGUAAUUUGUCAUCCAUGAAAUGGUUUACUCGUGAAAUUAGGGAAUAAUUUCACUUGCGUUUUAUUUGGACAACACGCUCGUGAAAUUAUUCUUAAAUUUUACUCGUCACCAUUUGAUUACACAUACAAAUUAGACUUGUAAACCAAUAAGAAUUACGUAGCUUACUUUAUUUUAAUUUUGUGUUUAUUAGCCACUGCUCGCAAUUAGUGAAUGUGACGAAGACCCACUUACGUCUGAUGAAGGUAAGAUGAAUGUGCAAACAGUUAUGUGAAUGAAUCGUAAGUUUGUAACACAUCUAAUCUUUGAAAUGCCCAGGGGGUACUCCCUUAUAAAAGCCAUUUAGUAAUGUGCCGCCCCAAAGGGUAGGGUUUUUGCGCUGUUUUGGUCUGAAAACGGGUAAAGACUUUGCCCAUUUUGGGCUGGAAUCGGGUAUGGUUUUCGAGGGAACUACAGGACUGUAUGAAUGUAUUGUCGUUUCAGUUCCAAAAGCGUAAGAAAGAAAGAGAAGUGUGCGAAUUCAAAAAGGCUUUUAAGAAAUCUUUCUUGUUGCUGUUCUUAUCUAAGUAUUUUCCUAGAGGCCCGGUCUGAAAACGGAUCGGAAAGAUGACAUUUUUUGGUCUAAAAUAGGGUCAGGAUUUGGAGAACCGGGCGGCACACCCCCAUCAAGAAUUCCCAGGAAUGUCAACCCGUCAUAUUACAUUUCACAUUACAUUUAGCGAGCUAAAAGUUACAGAGCUCUUAAGUUUGACCAAAUAAACUUUUUCAACAAUGGGUUAUUUGCAUUUUUUACUUCUUUCGUAACCUUUGUGAUAUUGUUAUCGUUAGCCAACAAACACUCUCAUUUUCUGACGCGCCUGUCAAAUGACUGUCAAAUCGGUUGUCCUGGACUUAUUUCCGGUCCCUCGCAUUAUAACUAAGGGUUGUUCUUCAAAUAGCAGGUGUCAACCGUCGAGUUGUAUUCUUUCUGUUCUUGCAAGGUUUUCAGGUACUAGUUCGGCUCAGCCUAGUCCCUAGGCGUUCUCGGCUCGGUCAAUCCUGGACUCUACCGUAAGCUGUGACGUAGACUUCGCGCGGACAACGGGGCAAGAGAGAACGCCUAGGGACUAGGCUGAGUUCGGCUAUUUCUUCCCUGCGGAACGUGUUAAGUGUUCUGCAAUUUUUUCUCUGUACCAAACCAACGCAACCUCAUCCUCAGGGCUUAUCGGUUGACGUCCCUUUUUCUCGCGAUUAUUUUGUACUAUUGACAUCUUUUUCCAAAUGUCCCAAAAGUAUUCCAAAUUUGGUCAACGCAAGCUGGUUAUGAAGAUCAGCAACAGAGAAAACUAAUUCCUUCCACACUUUCUUUAAAAUAUAUAUAUGUAUAUCUCAACCCGUUAUCGCAAUGUUUCUAACAAUUUCUCAAACAAUUUAAUUUUAGCAAACAAAGAAAGAGCGCUUGCAGUUCGUAGCAACGUAUUCGACCAUCUUACGUCCAAGGUAUACGAUGCCAAACAAAUUGUUCACCGACUGCAGGAGACCCUUGAAUGGAAUCAAGCCUCGCUCGAAAAACCAAACCACGAGGCCAAGAAAUGGAUCCGCUCCUUGACAAGAGAAGCUAGGCGUUCAGAAAGACUCGAUGUGGUGAAAUACUUAAGAGAAAUUACACCUGCUGGCACUACUGGUGAGUCCGUCUUUUGCUCGUCAGUUUUUUGUUUUUGUUUUUUUUCAUUUUUUCUUUCACUUUCCUUCUAUAGAGAGUAAUUAACAUUUUCAUGUUAUCUAUUCUUACUAUUACUCUAUUAAGACCCAACAUCUGCUGUAUCCCUUUUAUUUAAGCUGCGACGAUCAACAAUUUCGCGCGCUUUCUCUGCAGCAUUCCUGUGUUGCGUGAAAGAAAGAUGUUGCUAGUGAGAAGGUAUUGUUGCUCAGCAAAGGUUUUGAAGUUAUAAUUCAUGAAUGGAAAUUUGGCUUUAUGAUAAUAAUGUCAAUUAUGUUAAGAGAAAAAAGACUGCAUAAAACGUUGUUGACUUUUAUCGCUCUUAAUAAUAAUGUUGAUGAUGAUGAUGUUGAUAAUAAUGAUAAUAAUAAAUACUCAAUUAUGCUCAAUUAACUAAUCCCAUUAUGGGACUUUUCCGGGACAGAGCGAACAAAACAGAAACAAACGAAAGGAAAUAGAGCGAUUUGAUUGGUUUAUCGAACGGAUAUAAACGCGCGCUGCUUUUGGUUGGUUGAGCCAGCGCUCGGCUGAACGAAAACUUCAUGCCCCGAGAACUUUCUAGAAAUCAAACGAUACUUCGCUUUGACGUCAUACUGCAACACGAUUGGCCAAUCGAACAAUGCCUUCUCCAUAUUAGGGUUUUCUUUGGGAGGAAAACGAAGAGUCCAUGUUUUGAUCUUUUCAUCCAAUUUGGUUGAUAAAGUCAUAAAAUAAAUAACAUACACUUCCCGAAAACAUUUUUCACGGACGAAAAUCGCUCUAAUGAAAGAAAAUUCAAAUGGAACAUAACACAAUUUAGAAUCCCAACUGGAGAACAAAUCUAGCUGGCGGUUAGGGCGGGACUGGACUCCGGAUUACAAGUCCAGCGUUGUAACCGCUUGGCCAUGCAGCUUCUACCGUUUAAACUAGCCUUCAAUGCAGGCUUGGUUUUGGGACGAGCAAAUAUCACUGAGGAAGAUUGGAGGGAGGAGAAAUUACAACCCUUGGGGUAGGAUCCUCGAAUUAUGUUGCGGUUACGCAAUCCGAGAACAUUCUCGCACCAAAAUAAAAUUUUGUUUAAUUAAUUUCUUGGCCUUGUUCAAAUUAUUCAUUUUUCGGGUAAACUUUAAUUAGAUUCGAUAAUAUGUUCUCAGUUAGGAAAAAAUGAAUUGUAUAUACGUGUUUCAUUUUAGGUCCGCUGUUACCUGAAACCCUUGACGUAAGAGCAGUUCUUUUUACCCAAGCAAGACAGCUUACCGUGUCCUUGACCGGUAUGAUUUAGACAAUUUUAGAAGAUUACUUUAAACGCUCUUCACAGUUCUCAUGUCAUAGUAUCCGUGGCAUAAUCACGUCUCCAUUGGCGACAUCUAGGUUAGACCGAGGAGAUAACAGUGGCAAAGAUGGAGGGUCCAUACCGUCGCCGGGUUGCACAUGCAGUGUAGACAUAAGUUAAAUUUUAGCUGCAUGUGGUCUAGUGAAGGGUAAUGGUUUAAAUCAAUGUACCCACGGCACAGCUCUUAAUCUCGGAUUAUCUGAAAGCGUAAUAUUUUCCCGGGAAGGGACUCCGCAUAUGAAAGGGGUGGGGAUGCUCGUGGAAAUUUAGAAUUAAACCCCUAAAGGAGACCGAUCUGGGCGUGGCCCAAGCCUUUUUUGACCCCUAAAAGGGACCAUGUUAAAACACAGACAAUACAUAUAUUUUUAUGUUUUUUCACGUGCAACCCCUAAACAAGACCUUCACGGCUAAACAUGAUGGCGGUUUGCCCAGAACACCCUAAGUGAGACCAAGUCCGAAAUUUACACCCCUUAGCUAGACGACGAGCAUCCCCACCCCUUUCAUAUGCGGAGUCCAUCGCCCGGGAAUAUUUUCAUCCAAAGAAUAUGUAUGCUACCUUGUUACUGAAAAAUCAAGAAACUAGUAAAUAAAUCAAUACCAAUUCAUGUUUUUUUUGUUCAUGUUGCAGCUGCAGUCGACGAUAAGUGGAAGCUUGUUGCUGAGAAACUGGGUUUGAACCAAGACGAAAUACGUUUCCUUGACUUGCGACACAAAAAUCCAGUUGAAGCCCUUUUAGAUUUUAUAACAAAUCAACGUGCUAUGAGUGUGGGAGAACUUUACAACAUCUUAUGUGAAUGUGGAAUACCCGUUAUUGCAGAUAAACUUUAAACUGUUCUCUUUC